CCACACAGAUGGGAAGCAAGCCAGCGCCGCCGCUGGCCGAACACCUGUCGUCGCCGGUCAUGGCGGCCUCCACCACCACCGACGAUCCAUCCUUCCCCAUCUACAUCUCAUCCGACGAGGACGACGACAUAGCAAUCCUUGGCACUUCCAGUGGCUCCGACGAGAUUCAGAUCCAGAAGGCCAUCCUCCUCUCCAUCGACCCCUCGGCCUCGCCCUCCGCCACCAGAACCUCGAAAGAAUCCAUUCCAGACCGCAAAGGCAAGCGUGCAAAGUUCCCGCGUCAAGUCAUCGAUGUGGAUGAUAUAGUUGAAGUCGUCGACGUGGAUGACGAUGACAGCGUGAUCUUGCUCGAAGUGGUAGCCAACGGAAAGGUGAAAAACCCGAGCAAUGGCGCGGUAGCCACGACCAUCGACCGGUUCUACUGCACAAUCUGCACGGAGACGGUCUCCGGCAUACAGCGCUUCCCCGUCGCCGGAUGCGCGCACGCGUUCUGCGCCAGCUGCGUGGGGCAGUACAUCGCCGCGAGGGUCGAGCAGAACUUGCUGUCCGUCGGCUGCCCCGAUCCGGGCUGCAAGGGCGGCGUGCUGCACCCGGAGGACUGCAGGCGCGUGAUCCCGCCUCCGCUGUUCGACAGGUGGGGCGCGGCGCUCUGCGAAGCAGCGCUCCCUGGGGAGCUCAAGUUCUACUGCCCCUUCAAGGACUGCUCGGCGCUGCUGGUCGACGACACCAGCCCUGGGGACGCGGCGGCGGUAUUAACGAACGUGGAGUGCCCCCACUGCAACCGGCUGUUCUGCGCGCGGUGCAAGGUGCCGUGGCACGACGGCGUCCAGUGCGCCGAGUUCCAGCGGCUCGGCGAGGACGAGCGUGGCCGGGACGACCUGCUGCUCAGGAAGGUCGCGCAGCAGCGGAGGUGGGGGAGGUGCCCCAGGUGCAGGAUGUACGUCGAGAAGGUGUCCGGCUGCGACUCCAUGCGCUGCAGGUGCGGGCGGAACUUCUAUUACCGUGCGGCUUUGUGACGAUCGGUGCACAUGUAUACAGGCAAUUUGAAUCAAUGGCGAGUGAUCUAAGGAUGGAUGAACCAAGCCCGACGCUACUUUGAGGCAAGGAAGUAACUAAAAGCUGAGCAAUUAGCAAACAUCACAGAAGCGCUAUUGGUUGAAGUUGAUGAUGAUGAUGCCGCAUAAAUGAGACUCGGGUUUGUGACUAUCUGUAAUACCAUAAGUCUGUUAUGGCUU